AUGUCUGAGGGCGAUUUGGUCAAUGAUCUGAAGUCGGGCACUGACAUGAUCAGAUACGAGAUUGUCCAGGCAUCUCUCAACCAAGAGACGAGCAACUACCGAGCGCAUGUGAACCAGGACCACCUUUCCCGGGGGGACGUGCGUGCCUCAGUCAACAGAAUGCAGGUAAAGGCCGUGUUCCGGUGA